AGACUUCACCGACUAACUUUUCUGUGACAGCGGCGCAUCGAAGAACUGCGCGCUGGCAGGACCAACUCGGAGACAAGUGUCCGCGAACCGGAGACCCUGAAUACUCGUGUGUCUGUUGUAACCCUCCCGACCCCUCCUCCUGCCUCCCGCCCUUGCCGGCCGCACCCUCGACAACAUCCCCGGCGCAGGGAAACCGCAAUGAAGACAGUCCGCUCCAACAGCAAGAGAUGGCAAGCAGCAGCAGCGGAGCGGGCGCGACUGUCCACCUCGCGCCGCCAUUGCCGCAAAAUCCAUAUACCAACGAGCACUUCGACCAGAUGACCACCGAUCCCAUGGCAAUGGCAACGGCAACGGCAACGGCAUUGCUUUCCGACCCCUCGGCAGAGCAUGAUCAACUCUUCACACCCAAUCACCACGAGUCAGACGAUGCCGCUGCUCGUGUUCUGAACGGUCUCGCUUUCCAGAAACAACAAGACGAAUCACCAUUUGCCGCCGUCGACGAAGCAGCCAUGCCUCUUCCGACUCCGCAUGGCAAAGACCUGCUUACGAAUGGGGUUGGCCCAAUCACAUCAACGGACGGCGAAGCAUUGACUACUGCCGUCCGGCAUGAAGACGAAGAGGUGGAUUUAGACAAUGCGAAAGCUUAUGCCAAGCUGGUCUUCACCGACGGCGACUUUUUCAUCACAACCACCGACGUAGUGCUCGGCCGCAACAUGGAGCGCUUCGAGCAAAUGAGACGGAGGAAGAAGUCUGAGCUUCGGGCUCGCGCGGAGCUGGACACCUACCGAAAAGAACCAAGCCAACCAUCACAACCCGGCGAUGGCGAUCAGCAAUUCGACGCGUCGGAAUCGAGCCACUCCCUGGAAGGACGCCCAGCGCCGCCUAGUAACUUCAGUGAGCAUGGCGGGCCUGUCUGGUAUCCUUCCGUCUCCGAGGAUGAAGCAGCAUCUCACCGGCCGAAAGCCCGCCGGCGAAUCUCACAUUUCUCCAAGUCCUCUUCCACCAAUUCCAUCGCUCCCGCAAAUCUGCACGCCGGGACCACAUCCGACCCGCUCGAUCCAUCGCGCGAGCCAGCGACUAGAACGGUCGCUUUUAUUCCAAUCCAUACCCAGGUGGCCGAGGACAUUGGCAAAAUCUCCAAAGAGCAUCUCAUUUUCCGCUACAACUUCGAACUUCAGACUUGGGAACUGACAGUCGCCGGCAACCGCGCUUUCAUCAACGAUGUGCUUGUCGAGAAGAAUGCAAUCGUCCCGCUACACCAUGAUGAUGAGAUCAUGAUCGCAACCAUCUCCAUGACCUUCAAGUUGCCUGACAAUCCUAGCAGGCACUCGCCACUGUCACUGGGCACAUUUUCUCAGUACAGCGAAGCAGACUUGAGCGAUGGCGAUAGCGACGGCGAUGAGCUUGCGAGAGUGAGUACGAGCCCGGUUAGACGCCUCUCCAACGCCAUGCUCGUCGGUAGCUCGGAAGACGAGGACGAUGAUGACGCAGAGAAGGACGAUGACGCUGUCGUCUCCCGGCGGAAAGCUGGACGCAAACUGCCCAAACUCAAACUUUCAACAAAGACUGGUGGUAAGAAGCCGGCGAAGAGCACCAAAGACAAGCCAUCGGACAAAUCACCAAAGCCGAAGCAGCAGACAAAGGGCAAGUCAGUUGCGGAACCCUCCCCAGAGGCAACCCGAAAAGUCGAAGCAGAGAAGAAACUCAAGGAGGAAGCAACGACUCCUGCGGAAGACAAGAAGGCUUCUCCUGCCGAAGUGCCUUUCAUCAAACCUGGCUCCGUACUCGAAGGUAUUCCCAUGGAGGAGUUACCGGAGAAGCGAAAAGGUCCAGGUCGCCCGCCCAAGGAAGGAAAUGUCUCCAAGCGCGACACUCAAUUGGCCAACAAGAAGAGGAAAGAGUACGAGAAGAAGGGCGAAGAGCCACCUCCCUUCAAGGUGUUGGUGGACAUUGUCCGACGAGAGUCCAAGUUCAAGGAGAUGCAAGCCAAAAUGGAGGCGAAUGGGCAGCUGGAACCGGGUCAGCAGAUUAUGGCGAGCAUUGAAGUUGAUGCUGCAGGCGACGGAUCGGCAGCGACCAGCAGACCUCGCACCGAGGAGGGUAUGACGGGCGAGAACAAAAAGGCUACAUCACCGAGCGCGAAGCCCAAGCGCAUGCGCGCCAUCUCUCCCGUCAAGCCAGAGGCAGAGUGCACGCCGGAAGAGCUCAAAAAGCCCGACUACACCUACGUCCACAUCAUCGACCAGAUCCUCAACGAACAUCCGUCCGGACAAGCCGACCUUCAAGAGAUAUACGAGCUCAUCAUGAAGAAGUACCCUUACUACAAGUACAGACAGAGCACGAUGGGCUGGCAGAGUAGCGUGAGGCACAACUUACUGCAAAGCCCGCGAUUCACAGACGUGGGUAGGAGCGGGAAGGGCAAACUCUGGACGAUUGACCAUGACAUUCCGCUGGACAAGGAAAAGAAGCGGAGAGGGACGCCGCCGCGAGCGGGACCCAGUGGGCAGUUUGCGCAUCAUGGUGGCGCAGCACCGUACGGCAACGUGUAUGGACAGCAGCAACCCAACGGCCAAAUGGGCCCCGGAUCACAAGCCGGACCAGCUGGCUCCUACUAUCCGCCUUAUCCGCAUCAGCACGGCCAGCAUCCUCAGCAUUACUACCAGCCAGGGGGGUCGGCAUCACAGGUGCACUACGCGAACAGCCAAUCUCCUGCGUACGCUCAACAGCAUGCGAACGGCAGCCAGCCGGCCCAAUCCACGCCAACCCCCUACAACACCUUGGUCCAAGAAAUCCUGGAUUUCAACAAGCGCCACCUUGCCUCGUUUCCCGGUGCCCAUCCGCAGGAGAUAGAGCGACAGGGAAAGAUCUUGUCUGCCAUUACCGAGUACUUAUCGGACUGUCACAGCUACGGAGUCGUGGCUCCGGCCAAGCGGACGACGUUGCAGGCGUGCGGGAGAGAUGCACUAAUUGCCUUUGGUGGCCUGGCGGAGAUCUUCCGCAGGCACAAGCCGGACAUUCUCAUUCCGGAUCCAUGGAGGCAGACACCGCCGCAACCGGCGCAGGCAGGCGACUCUAUGACGGCCCAAGUUGGACCCGCUGGGCCAUCCGUGGCCGAGUCAGCUGCACCCCCGCAAGCUACAACUGUCACGGCACAGGCGAUGGCGCCGGGACAGUCACAGACUACGUCCGCCAUCCCACAGGCUGUGGCGGCGCAGACAACACAAUCUGCACUUGCUACGGCGCAAGCUACCCCUGCGACGGCGCAAGCUGCGUUAACUACGCCGUUACAGAACGGCGGGGCAAAUGCUGGUGGUAUCAAGCGAGCGGCUGCGGAUAAUGAAGAAGAGGCGCACGAGGCUAAACGGCGCAAGGACAGUGGAGGGUCCCAGUAGCGUGGGUGAGAGUCUCUCACGAAUCAUGGUUAUCAAAAUUUGCAGCGUUAAAAGCAUGGUGUUGGAAGGUACAGGUAUGGACGAGGCCGGGGUCGGAUUGCACAGUGUGUAUGGAUUAAGA